GUAUCGUUUCCACUACAGUGCUAGAUUCAAGGACCCCCGCACCUGUGACCGGAGGUACUGGUGUGAUGUGGAGUACGACCCGUAUAGGAAAGAGCCCUAUGCCUAUGGCGACAGGCCCGAGAAAUGUGACGACUCCUGGAGGUAUGACCCUCGUUUCACCGGGAGUUUUGACGACAACCCAGAGCCCCAUAGAGACCCUUAUGGGGAAGAGGUGGACAGGCGCAGCGUCCACAGUGAGCACUCGGCGCGGAGCCUGCGUAGCGCGCACAGCCUGCCGAGCCGUCGCAGCAGCCUCAGCUCCCACUCGCACCAGAGUCAGAUUUACAGAAGUCACAAUGUAACUGCCGGUUCCUAUGAGGCCCCACUUCCUCCAGGCUCCUUUCGUGGCGAUUAUGCCUACGGCACGUACGGCAGCAACUUCCACGGUGCCCAGGGCUUCCCAGAGUAUGGCUACGCUGCAGACAGUGGCUGGUCCACUGUGGAACAAGUUCCAUCAAGACCAACUUCUCCUGAAAAAUUUUCAGUGCCUCAUAUCUGUGCCAGGUUUGGUCCUGGUGGCCAGCUCAUCAAAGUGCUUCCAAACCUGCCUUCAGAAGGACAGCCCGCGCUGGUUGAGAUCCACAGCAUGGAGACCUUGCUGCAGCACACGUCUGAGCAGGAGGAGAUGCGGGCGUUCCCGGGGCCGCUCGGCAAAGGUGACACCCAUAAAGUGGAUGUCAUUAACUUUGCACAGAACAAGGCUACAAAGUGUUUGCAGGAUGAAAAUUUAAUUGACAGAGAGUCUGCAAGUCUUCUUUGGAAUUUCAUCGUUCUCUUGUGUAGACAGAAUGGGACCGUGGUGGGAACAGACAUUGCGGAGCUUUUGUUACGAGACCACAGAACAGUGUGGCUCCCUGGGAAGUCCCCCAACGAGGCAAACCUGAUUGACUUCACUAACGAGGCCGUGGAGCACGUGGAAGAGGAAGAACCUGGCGAGGCCCAGCUCUCAUUCCUCACGGACAGCCAGCCAGCCACGGCCAGCACGCUGGAGAAAGAGACCGAGAGGUUCAGAGAGCUGCUGCUGUAUGGCCGUAAGAAGGACGCCUUAGAGUCCGCAAUGAAGAACGGCCUGUGGGGUCACGCUCUGCUGCUUGCAAGUAAGAUGGACAGCCGGACACACGCCCGCGUCAUGACCAGGUUUGCCAACAGUCUUCCCAUCAACGACCCUCUGCAGACUGUCUACCAGCUCAUGUCUGGGCGCAUGCCCGCUGCGUCCAUGUGUUGUGGAGAUGAGAAGUGGGGAGAUUGGAGGCCACACCUCGCCAUGGUCUUGUCCAACUUGAAUAACAACGUGGAUGUGGAGUCCAGGACGAUGGCCACGAUGGGCGACACUCUGGCUUCAAAAGGUCUCCUUGAUGCUGCACACUUCUGCUACCUUAUGGCCCAGGUUGGAUUUGGGGUUUAUACAAAGAAAUCUACAAAACUUGUCUUAAUUGGAUCAAAUCACAGUUUGCCGUUUUCCAAGUUUGCAACCAAUGAAGCUAUUCAGAGGACAGAAGCCUAUGAAUACGCCCGAUCGCUGGGGGCCCAGAGCAGCCCCCUGCCCGACUUCCAGGUGUUUAAAUUCAUCUACUCUUGCCGCCUGGCUGAAAUGGGGCUUGCCACACAAGCCUUUCAUUACUGCGAAGUGAUUGCUAAAAGCAUCCUGACACGUCCCCAUGAGUAUUCCCCGGUGCUAAUUAGCCAGCUGAUUCAGGUAGCUUCCCAGUUACAACUCUUCGAUCCUCAGCUGAAAGAAAAGCCGGAAGAGGAAUCUUUUGUCCAGCCCACUUGGUUGGUUCACCUGCAACAUGUGGAGAAGCAGAUCAAGGAAGGGAUUGUGGUGUGGAGUCAGGAUGGAGCCUUCCCCCAGCAGUGUCCCAGCACGCCCAGCUCUGAGGUGGGACAGUCGGACGGUCCAGGACUCGGUCAACAGGCGGAUCUGGAGACUGAUAACCUGCUGCUGGUGGUGCCUGCGCCCAGCACUGAUCACUUGAGCCAGGGUGUGCGGCUGCUGCCUUCAGCUCCACAGACGCUCUCUGAUGGCCAGCUAGCCAGCCCUGCCAGAGUUCCCAUGUUCCCAGUGCUGCCGUCCCCAGGCCCCCUCGAGCCAGGUCCUGGCUAUGGACUUCCAGGGUCUGCCCCUGGCUUCCCAGAGCCCUCCAGGCCUGCUCCUGCAGCUCUGUACCCAGGGCCUGGCCUGCCCCCUGGCACACCAUCUCUCCAGGAAAGUAGACAACUCCAGGAGUCCAGGAGCACGGACCCAGGGACACUGCCACAGGAGGCACCUGUUGGAAACUCACUUUCGGAGCUAAGUGAAGAGGAUUUUGGUGGAAAGUUUGCUAAUCUGGACCCCUCGAGAGCAGCACGGGACUCAGAGACCCCCACAGGAUGGGAUCGUACUAACUUGGGUUCUGCACAGCCUCCUCUGUCUCUGACACCUGCUCCCGAAAGGAAGAGACCUGGACAAGCCGUCAAGAAAGAGGUCAAAGAACCUAAGAAGAGUGAAUCCUGGUUCUCUCGUUGGCUACCUGGGAAAAAAAGGACAGAAGCUUAUUUGCCAGAUGACAAGAACAAAUCGAUUGUUUGGGAUGAAAAGAAAAACCAGUGGGUGAAUUUAAAUGAACCGGAAGAAGAGAAGAAGGCCCCACCCCCACCUCCAACUGCGUUUCCCAAGGCUGUGCAGGCCGCACCCACUGGCCCCGCGGGGGUGAACGUGUUCUCUAGGAGAGCAGCUGGAACUAGAGCUCGCUACGUUGAUGUUCUGAACCCGCAUGGGACCCAGCGGAGUGAACCAGCUCUUCCUCCCGCGGACUUUUUUGCUCCACUGGCCCCACUCCCUAUUCCUGCUAGCUUCGCACCAAACCCAGAUGCAGAAGAACCGCAACUUGCAAACGGGGCUGGCGGGGAAGGGCAGGCUCCAGCUGGGGGCCAGGCCAGUCCGGAGGUGAGCGGUUGCUGCAUUUCUUGUUUUUCUCCGCAGGUUGUAAGUUCUGCAGCACUGCACCCUGGCUCUGAACCCCCAGCCUCCCGAGCAGACUGUUCCCAGGGAGGGGAGCUUUCGCGCUGUAGUUCAAUGAGUUCAUUAUCACGUGAAGUAAGCCAGCAUUUUAAUCAGGCUCCUGGCAACCUCCCCUCCGCAGGGGGCACCGUGCCCUUCUACAACCCUGCUCAGAUGGCACAGGCCUCCGCCACCUCUGGGAGCUCAAGGCCGGGGAGGAUUGGCCAGAGGAAAUACCUGGCAUUGAACUAGAGCCGUCCCUGUUUGGGGUUUGCAUUUGGAACCCUCAGAAGACUGUUCUUCACCAAGAACCCAACUGCCUACCUGUGGCCUCACUCUUGUCCCCAGACAGGGCGGUAACUCAAAGCUGGCCACAGUCUGCAGCUCCCUCCUCACCCCGUCUCGAUGAAUUAUUUCAGAAAUUAACCCCACCGUUCCUUUCAGAUGCUGGAUGGAAAAAGUGAAUCUCUGACUCAGAAUCUUUCACCAAAAAUGAUAUUACUUAAGUCAUUUCAGAUGAUCUAGGAUAUGAUAUUCUCAGUCAUUUAAGAAUAUUCCAUUCAGUGAAUCUAGAAUUCUUUGCUGCAGGAGGGCAAUGCAUCAGUCACCUGGGGCCUCUCUCAAAACUCAGCUGUGAAUUGUUGCCCUGUUAAUCCCAGGGCUCCUUUAAGAUGUUGGGCGAAAAGAGUUGAUGUGUGACUCAAGAGACGGAGACACGGCCACCUGCCCUGCAGCCAGGGGCAGCUCUGCCCUAACCAUUUCCGAGCCUGCAAGAACGACCGCAGGAAGAUGCGUUCUCAGGCAGCGCCUCAGCGACGCGUGGGAUUUGUUUGGCAACAGUUCACAGUUAGGUUUUGAGAGCAGCUCUGGUUACUGAAGCGAAUUUCUCUCCUGUAGCAACAGCCUCAUUUCAGUUUCUCUGGCCUAAUUAGGACCGCGGGUGAUUUCAUGCACCCAGAAGCCAGGCGCUGCCCCUUCCCCACCGCAAAGUGCAGCUCAGCAGUUAGGAAAGAGGCCCAGAGCGCUGAUCUCGGAUGCUGCGGGUUCGGAGCGAUGGGCCACUGUGAGAACUGUGACCGUAAGAGGCCUGAUUUUUAUCGCGCACAGAAGUAGUCUGGUGAGUCUCACGUCACGGCCCUGGGUUGGCACACUCUUCGAGGAGCACUGUACCUUCUCAAGAAUGGCUUCCAUAGUUCCGUCUGGGUGACCGGCUUUCUCUCACCUGGGUGUCAUCAUUUGAGGAUCGGUGACAUCGUGAAGAAAGUGGCUUAUACAGUUUCUUGCCAGCAGCUGUGGAACCGGAGAGCCCUCCCGCUGCUCCCUGCCGACCUGGCCGUGAGGACCGGCCUGGGGGAGACCUCCGCUCGGCGGGCCCGGAGCUUUAAGGCUUCAUCGACUGUUCUGAAAACUGUUCGUGUUCUUGUUAAGACUAAAGAGACUGAAAAAAAGAAAAGAUUUAAAAUAUUUAUAAAAAUCAGUAGGUGAUAAUUUCUGUAGGCUCUGCUGGGGGGACAUAAGCAGUUAGGUAUUUUAAAUUUUAAAUUUAAGUGUAGAAAUUGUAGAAUGCGGAAUUAGCACAGGCCCUUCCCAGUUUUCUGUUUCACUUGAUCAUCUCGGAAAGACCCAGACUGUUUUCCAGGACGUUCCACAGGCGUGGCUGACUGGAUCCAUUUGUUCUUGUCACUUUGAGAAAGGCCUGUCCCCGUGGACAGGCAGCCCUGUGGCCCUCGGUGAGGUCCUGUGGUUCCGGGACCUCCCCCGGCCCUACCCUGCCCGCUGUUCUCUGGUGGACUGCUCACCACUUUUGAUUCCAGAAGCUUCCUGCAGGUGGGAGCUGCUAUUUUUCCUAAAUGCAAAUUGUUACACUGCAAAUUGUUGAAUAAACUAUUUUGCGCUCUCAAGCA